GGCGCGGAGCGCGCGGGCGGUCCCGGCGCCACUGACUUCGCCGCCGCCAGGGCUGGAGCCCCGCAAGAUCACCUCCCCACGAUGAAGGCCCCAGCUGCGCUGGCACCUGGCAUCCUGGUGCUCCUGUUGACCUUGGUGCAGAAGGGCGGCGGGGAGUGCAGGGAGGCCCUUGCCAAGUCCGAGAUGAACGUGAACAUGAGGUAUCGGCUGCCCAACUUCACCGCGGACACGCCCAUCCAGAACGUGGUGGUGCACGAGGGUCACGUGUUCCUGGGCGCCAUCAACAGCAUCUACGUCCUGCGCGAGCGAGACCUGCAGCAGGUUUCCGAGUACAAGACGGGGCCCGUGUGGGAGCACCCGGACUGCCUGCCCUGCCAGGCCUGCGGCCUCGCGGGCGGCCAGUGGAGAGAGAACGUGAACAUGGCCCUGCUGGUGGAAACCUACUACGACGACCAGCUCAUCAGCUGCGGCAGCGUCCACCGGGGCACCUGCCAGCGGCACGUGCUGCCCCGCGAUAACCCCGCAGACAUCCAGGCGGAGGUCCAUUGCAUGCACUCCCCGCGGGCGGACGAGGACGAGGCCAGCCAGUGUCCCGACUGCGUGGUCAGUGCCCUGGGCACCAAGGUGCUCCUGGCCGAGAAGCAGCGCUUUGUCAACUUCUUUGUGGGCAACACCCUCAAUGGCUCCUCGCUCCCAGGCCACGCACUGCAUUCCAUAUCAGUGAGAAGGAUCAAGGAGACCCAGGAUGGCUUUAAGUUUCUGACAGACAAGUCCUACAUCGACGUGCUCCCCGAGUUCCAAGCCUCCUACCCCAUUAAGUACAUCCACGCCUUCGAAAGCAACCGCUUUAUUUACUUUCUCACGGUCCAGCGAGAAACGCUGGACUCGCCGUCCUUCCACACGCGUAUCAUCAGGUUCUGCUCGGCGGACUCGGGCUUGCACUCCUACAUGGAAAUGCCCCUGGAGUGCAUCCUCACCGAGAAGCGCCGCAAGCGGGCCCUGCGCAGCGAGGUGUUCAACGUGCUGCAGGCCGCGUACGUGGGCAAGCCCGGGGCGCAACUGGCCAAGCAGAUCGGCGCCAGCGCCCACGACGACAUUCUCUACGGCGUGUUCUCGCAGAGCCGGCCCGACUCGGCCGAGCCCACCGACCGCUCCGCCCUCUGUGCCUUUCCUGUCAAAUAUGUCGAUGAGUUCUUCCAUAGGAUCGUCAACAAGAACAACGUCAGGUGUCUCCAGCACUUCUACGGGCCCAACCACCUGCACUGCUUUAAUCGGACACUUUUGAGAAACUCAUCCGGCUGUGAAGUGCGCAGCGAUGAAUAUCGGACAGAGUUUACCACCGCUCUGCAGCGCAUUGACUUAUCCGCGGGCCACUUCAGUCAAGUCCUCUUAACUUCCAUAUCCACCUUCAUUAAGGGAGACCUCACGAUUGCCAAUCUCGGAACGUCCGAGGGUCGCUUCAUGCAGGUUGUGGUUUCUCGAUCAGGAUCGUGGACUCCUCACGUGGACUUCCGCCUGGACUCCCAUGCUGUGUCUCCGGAGGUCAUUGUGGAGCACCCAGUAAACCAAAAUGGCUACACCCUGGUGGUCACCGGGAAGAAGAUAACCAAGAUCCCGCUGGACGGCUUGGGCUGCGAGCACUUCCAGUCCUGCAGCCAGUGUCUCUCUGCCCCGCCCUUUGUGCAGUGUGGCUGGUGCCACGAUAAGUGUGCCCGAGCCGAGGACUGCCCCAACGGGACAUGGACUCAAGAGAUCUGCCUGCCGACGAUUUAUGAGGUUUUCCCAGCCAGCGCACCCCUUGAAGGAGGGACCACUCUGACAGUGUGUGGCUGGGACUUUGGGUUCAGAAGGAAUAAUAAGUCUGAUUUCAAGAGAACCAGAGUUCUCAUUGGAAAUGAGAGUUGCCCCUUGACCUUGAGCGAGAGCACACCAAAUAUGUUGAAAUGCACCGUCGGUCCUGCAAUGAGUGAGCAUUCCAAUCUAUCCAUCAUUAUUUCAAAUGUCCGAGGGACAGCGCCGCAGUAUAGGACAUUUUCCUAUGUGGAUCCUGAAAUCACAAGUAUUUCUCCAAGUUACGGUCCGAAGGCUGGUGGCACUUUGGUUACUUUAACUGGAAAGUACCUUAACAGUGGAAAUUCUAGACACAUUUCAAUUGGUGGAAAAACAUGUACUUUAAAAAGUGUGUCAGAUAGUGUUCUCGAAUGCUAUACUCCAGCCCAAAGCAUUUCAGCUGACUUUCCUGUUAAGUUGAAGAUUGACUUAGCCAACCGAGAGGCCUACAGCUUCAGUUACCAGGAAAAUCCCCUUGUCGUUGAAAUCCAUCCAACCAAAUCUUUUGUCAGCGGUGGAAGCACAAUAACAGUUGUUGGAAAAAAUCUGAAUUCAGUUAGUGUCCCAAGGAUGAUCAUAAACGUCCAUGAAGCGGAAAUGAACUUCACAGUGGCAUGUCAACAGCGCUCUAAUUCAGAGCUAAUCUGCUGUACGACUCCUUCACUGCAACAGCUGGAUCUGCAACUCCCCCUGAAAGCCACGGCCUUCUUCAUGCUAGAUGGGAUCCAUUCCAGGGACUUUGAUCUCAUUUAUGUACCUAAUCCUGUGUUUAAGCUUUUUGAAAAGCCAGUGAUGAUCUCAAUGGGCAAUGAGAAUGUACUGGAAAUUAAGGGAAACGAUAUUGACCCUGAAGCAGUUAAAGGUGAAGUGUUAAAAGUUGGAAAUAAAAGCUGCGAGAAUAUUCACUCAUAUCCUGAAUCCGUUUUAUGUACAGUCCCCAACGACUUGCUGAAAUUGAACAGUGAGCUAAACAUAGAGUGGAAGCAAGCAGUUUCUUCAACUGUCCUUGGAAAAGUAAUAGUUCAGCCGGAUCAGAAUUUCACAGGAUUGAUUGUUGGUGUUGUCUCAAUAUCAGUCAUACUCUUAUCAUCCCUGGGGCUUUUCCUGUGGCUGAAAAAGAGAAAGCAAAUUAAAGAUCUGGGCAGUGAAUUAGUUUGCUAUGACGCAAGAGUCCACACUCCUCACUUGGAUCGGCUUGUAAGUGCCCGAAGUGUAAGCCCAACUACGGAAAUGGUUUCAAAUGAGUCCGUGGACUACCGGGCCACAUUUCCAGAAGACCAGUUUCCUAACUCAUCUCAGAACGGAUCAUGCCGACAAGUGCAGUACCCCCUGCCGGACCUGUCCCCCAUUCUAACUAGUGGGGACUCUGACAUCUCCAGUCCAUUACUGCAGAACACUGUCCAUAUUGACCUCAGCGCUCUAAACCCUGAGUUGGUCCAAGCCGUCCAGCACGUCGUGAUCGGGCCCAGCAGCCUGAUUGUGCAUUUCAAUGAAGUCAUAGGAAGAGGCCAUUUCGGGUGUGUGUAUCAUGGGACUCUGUUGGACAAUGAUGACAGGAAAAUCCACUGUGCUGUGAAGUCCUUGAAUCGAAUCACGGACAUCGGAGAAGUUUCCCAGUUUCUGACCGAGGGCAUCAUCAUGAAAGACUUCAGCCAUCCCAACGUUCUCUCACUCUUGGGAAUCUGCCUUCGAAGUGAGGGGUCUCCUCUGGUGGUCCUACCGUACAUGAAGCACGGAGACCUUCGGAACUUCAUUAGAAAUGAGACUCACAGCCCCACUGUGAAAGAUCUCAUUGGCUUUGGUCUUCAAGUCGCCAAGGGCAUGAAAUAUCUUGCCAGCAAAAAGUUUGUCCACAGAGACCUGGCCGCCAGGAACUGUAUGCUGGAUGGAAAAUUCACCGUCAAAGUUGCCGAUUUUGGUCUUGCCCGGGAUAUGUAUGAUAAGGAAUACUACAGUGUGCACAACAAAACCGGGGCGAAGCUGCCAGUGAAGUGGAUGGCUCUGGAGAGCCUGCAGACGCAGAAGUUCACCACCAAGUCCGACGUGUGGUCCUUUGGUGUGCUCCUCUGGGAACUGAUGACAAGAGGAGCGCCCCCGUAUCCCGACGUAAACACCUUCGAUAUAACGGUUUACUUAUUGCAAGGAAGACGGCUCUUACAACCUGAAUACUGCCCAGAUCCCUUGUAUGAAGUGAUGCUUAAAUGCUGGCACCCCAAGGCCGAAAUGCGCCCGUCCUUUACUGAGCUGGUCUCCCGGAUCUCAGCCAUAUUCUCCACAUUCAUCGGGGAGCACUAUGUCCACGUGAACGCUACAUACGUGAAUGUCAAGUGUGUCGCUCCAUACCCUUCGCUCUUGUCAUCACACGACACGGUGGAUGGCGAGGUGGACACAUGAUGGAGCCCCUCCCCUCUGAGGAACAUCUUGAUCACAGUCCGCAUUCAGCCCAAUACUUUCACUGCCUGGCCUUUUUAAGGCCACCAGACUUUUUUGUUGUUGUUUUUUUGCUUUUGCCAAAAUUGCACUGUUCUAAGGUUUUAGACUGUUAUUUAACAGUGACUCAUUUCUCAAUUGACAAAACAUCUGAGUCAGCUCAGGCAGUGGAGGCUGGGCCCCACGACUGGCCGCCUGCAGGUCAACUACAGCGCUGCCGCUGUACAAACCUGGAGGGUUUGUCCCUGCCUGAGGGACAAACAUGGAGUCUGCUUUAAGAUGUGUAUAACUGGAAAAAAAACUUUUUUUUAAGCCUGAACCCCACCUGGCUUUCUAUGGAGAAUUGAGGCAAAGAAUGGUGAUGGCUUCUUGGUCCCAGAAGUCCAGAAGAGGACAGAUAGGCAGCCCAUGGACCAAGCCCCUUGCUGUAGAAUUCCAGAGUUUCAAAGCCCUUGAGCCGGUCGGUCGCACGGUCUCCCGUAUGUCUCCUUGCUAAUACUGCCAUUUGCCCUCUCGGAAAACAUUCCCUUGGAAAACGUUGCAUAUACACAUUCCUUCGACUGGUGGAAUGCCCGUAGACAAGGUUCCAAGUUUCAGCAUAGCAUGGUGCAAAACGUGUUUUUCACAAAUGCAUAGUAUUUAUAUAUUGUUCAUAGAUGACGCUAAGAUUUUUCAUAAAGCAGCUGGGUCACACUGAGAUGUUUAGUUGUCGCUUAAAAAUCAGCUGUUUGAAAAACGAUACUGUGGUUCUGAUCUAGGGCAUGUGGCUCUUUCGAUAACUUGUCUCCAUGUCUUUUCUUUUAAUGAUGACUCUGAAAAUGGAACAAGUGAUUUGUGAUCACUAUUUUUAGAGGUGACCCAGCAUAAUUUUACAACAGAAGAUAUCUGACAGGAAAACCCUGUGGUUCCCAUCAGGUCUUAACCGGGUACAACAACCGAAUCAUGGGCUAGAAACAUUAGUCUCUCUGGGGGCAGCUUCCCACCCCACAAACAAUGAGAGACAGUAAAGCUUUGGAUGCAUCCAGUUUUACUUUGGGACACAUUUUGUAUCAAAGCCAAACCUCUUUGCAGAGCAAACAAGAAAUGACGGUAGAAAGUUCUAGCCAUUUUGCUCCAUCCCCAGUUAUUCUAGGCAGGACCUUUUACCGUUUUGUACCAUGGAAUAUUGUGCGUACUACUGUAUAGUGCAUGUGGCACCGGAUACGCCAACUGGUUUUGUCGAUGUAAACAUUUAAAGUACUAUAUUUUUAUAAGAAUGUUUAUUUUUAGUGAUGUAAGCGAUGUUUUUGCUAGGCCACAAACAUUCUGCACUGUGAACAUUUCAAGAAAAAAAAAAGGAGGUAUGUCACACUUGGAUUGGUGGCAGAGUGACGUCCCAUGGCUGUAAAUCGUGAUGAGAAUAUGUGCUGAUGGCCCAUCCACCCCACCCUUAUUGCAGCACCAUGACUGGAAGCCAAGGCUGCACACAGCAAGCCAGGAAGGAGUGUGCUGUGCUGACCGCCUGGGCGGGGUGCCUGUUGUGGGAGGGACUAAGUGUAACUAAUAGCUCUUCACAAAGGAGGGACUUGCCAGUUAAGACCCAGGGAAUGGUGCGGCCAGGCAUUCCAGCGCAAGCGUCACACAGUUUCCUAAGUGUGAAGAGUACCCUGGGUCAGAGGUUCGUGUAAACUGUGGAGGGCCAUAGCAGUGAGAACCAUGCUCUGUGGAAAGAACCAAGCAACCUCAAGAGGACGGACGCAUCCGGGACAUCAAGAGAGACCGUGCUGGUUGAAACCACCCGCCCACAGGACUGCCCACCUGCAUGGACCUGCUGAAGAGAGCGGCAGUGUGAACCUGUGUUUGCUGUUUAUAAACUUGUCCUUACAGUAAUGUGUCCGGACAGACUGUGGGAGUAAGUGAUACUUCUAAGAAUUAGCUACUUGUCGCUGCCUGGACCUGCAGUGGAGCUGAAUGGUACUUUGUAUGUGAAUAGUUGUUCUUAUAAACCAUACAAUUAAAAUAAAGUGAUGUAACAUCUUGUA